AUGGCCUCCACAGCCACCCUUUCUCUGGGUGAAAACCAAAAUCCAGAGACUGAGGUCGCACUUUUGCCGCCGCGAGAGGAGAAGACAUUGGAUAAUUUUAUGAAGUUGGGCAAGUACUGCUGGCUCAUCCUGCUCUUUUCCGAGUUCAUGUUGCUCUCCGGGGCCGGCAACACUUUGUACAUGAUGUACGCAGGUGAGUUUUCUAGAACUUUGAGUAGUACACACAGACCUAUGCAACCACUUCCAGGCGCCGCUCCAAGACUGGUUAGCUGUAAGGACCGGAUGUCUACAUCAAAGACAUGUGCAAAUCCUCGUAUGACUUCCAUAAUCCUCCCAACUGCACACUCACGUAUCAAUACGAUUUCCUGUCGAUUAAUGUUGAUGUAAGACCCGCUCAAUUACUUUUUCUUAAUUAUUCCUUCAGUUCGAACAUCUCUGUGGCGAGGGAGCGUGGGUGAAAACAAGCAUUUCCGUGCAGAUGGUCGGUGUGCUCGUCGGGUCGGUUCUCUCGGGGACCGUCGCCGAUCGGUACGGACGGCUGAAAGUGCUGUCCGUCUGUUUCUUCAUGGUCUCCGUCCUGAGCAUUCUCAACACUUUCGUCUCCGACCUCAUCUAUUUCACCAUUGUCCGCACCGCGCUUUCCGUCUUCAAAGGCGGCUUGUUGAGCACUUACGGAGUUUACAAGAUGGAACACGUGCCACGUCACCACCGCUUUUGGAUUGCCACGAUGAUCAGCUGGGCGCCCAACUACAUGCUCCUCAGUUUCGUCGCCUAUCUGUGUCACGACUGGAAGACGUACCAGUACGCCAUUUUUGCGCUCUCCAUGCCCGGAGCAAUUGUGUUUUGUUUCGUACAAGAAUCUCCGCGAUGGCUGAUCCAGGCGGGAAGGAUCGAAGAUGCUCGCCGAGUGCUCAAAAAGAUCAUGGAAGUUGAUGGAAACACUUCGGAGCACUCGUGGACCGAAGUGGAAGACAUGCUGCAGAAUGAGCAGAGAAAACAGGCGGAGCGCAGUGAAAAACGAAAGAACUACGACUUCCGGCACUUGUUCUGGAACCGUUAUAUGGCCACAGUGACCAUGAUAAUGUGGAUCGGAAUGUUCUCGACCUCUUUCACCAACUACGGAUUCGUGUUCAACAUUGAGAAGUUGUCGGGCUCUCUGUACAUUAAUGCUCUGCUCAUGGGCUCCCUCCGUUGGGUGCUCAACAUCGGUUUCGGGCUGGCUGACUUGAAGUUCAAGAGUUUGGGUCGAAAACAUAUACACUUGAUUUCGAAACUGACCAUCUCCGCGUGCGUUUUCUCCAUCUUCGUGACCUAUUACUUCGGUAAGCUCUCCGUUGUUUCCCUUAACUUUUACAUUAUAUAUUUGCAGAAUACGAAGAAGAGUACUCUCUGAUCAUCCGAGUGGCCACCCUGCUCGCCUCCGCCACCGCCUCCCAAGUGUUCAUAACCAAAUCCAUGGUUCUCAUGGAGUUUUACCCGACGGUCGUCCGCAAUUCCGCCGUUUCCUUCAAGUCGAGCGCCAGUCGAAUCGGAACCAUUCUCGGCCCGCAGCUCUUCAUUUUGGUGCGGGAAUGUUAGGAUUAAACUGUCAACGUGUCGUUUUGCAGUGUCCGUACAAAAGUCUUCCGUACGCCAUUCUCACCGGAAUGUGCCUCUUCGACGCCGUCGCUUUCCAAUUGCAAUUGCCAGAAACGAAAGGACGACCCCUCCCGGAGACACUUCCCGAACGGCAAAAAGACGGACGGACGGCUCUGCCGACAACGGUGCCUGUCAGAGAAUGA